AUGGCUGAAAAUGAAAUAGUAGUCGAAGAGGAUGAGCAAACACAGGAAGUUAUUCCAUCUUCUUCUGCGGCUUCACUGAUGGUGGAAGAAAACGAUGAGCCGAAGCUCAAACACUUGGAUUUUGUCCAAACCGCGGCGAUCUACUUGGCCGUCUGUUUCUCGACGGUCUACGAAUUCGCUAAAGACAACGCAGGACCACUCAAACUCGGUGUCGAGAACAUCGAAGAUUCCGUUCGAGUGGUGCUUUCACCAUUAUACGACAAAUUCCACGACGUUCCUUUCAAGCUUCUCUUAUUCGUUGAUCGUAAGGUGGAUGAUGUGUUCUACGAUGUGGAAACGUACGUUCCGUCUUUGGUGAAGCAAGCUUCUAGCCAAGCGCUCACGGUGGCCACGGAGGUGCAACGAUCCGGCGUCGUCGACACGACCAAGAGCAUCGCCAGGAACGUCCGCGAUAAGUACGAGCCAGUGGCGGAGUAUUACGCAACCAAGGUGUGGCGGUUGCUGAAUCACGUGCCCUUGUUCCCCGAAGUUGCGCAGUUGGUGAUCCCGACGGCGUUUUACUGGUCGGAGAAGUACAACGAUGCGGUUCGUUACGUCGGGGACAGAGACUACUACGUGGCAGAGUAUCUACCAAUGAUUCCUAUCGAGAAGAUCUCUCACAUUUUGGAACAAGAUCAGUGUCGAGCCGACUAG